CUUUACUGAAGACGAAGGUAGGACGUGCAUAGGUUAUUAAUGGAGGAUAAAGGAAUCAGUAUUAUCUCCCUUCAUAUAUGCAGACUCAUUAUUUUUGCACUGUAUUCAUCAAUAGAAAUAAGCGAAACGUUUAAACCAAGUGAAAAAGAAUCUUUCAAUAUUGUCCUGGUGGAUAUCCAAAAAACAGCUGCACAAGAGCAGGUUUGCUGUGAAGAAAUGGAGUUCCAGGGUAGCGCAGUAAGAUAUAUUACCUUAUCUUAUCGGUGGGGAGAGCUUGAUGAGCAGUUUGUACCCGCCACCGAUGAUUAUUUUGCCCAUGUCACCUCAUUUGCAUUGGAUGAUUUUUAUAACCUUUGUAAGCGAAUAAUGGCUGAACCCGAUCUGCAAGAUAUCAGGUACGUAUGGGUGGAUGCUAUCUGUGUCGAUCAAAGCAACAACCAACGUAAAAAGAUUGUCAUCUACCGGAUGAAUGAUAUCUACAAAAACGCGGAGUAUAUAGUUGCCAUACCUGACCUAUACAAGGAGUACUUGAUCAAGAUCAGCGAUUUGAAUAGAUGGAUGUCGUACCAGAUUCAAAGAUAUAGAUGGCAUAUUUACCAUGUUAUUCAGGAAAAUGUCCAAGAGGUGCAUCGACUUGAUGAAGACUGGGCGCGUAAACUGAAAGAUCGAUCAUGCCAGAAAGAUGAAUCGAAUAUAUUGGACUCGGAAGAAGAAGAUGAUUAUAUCUACCACCGUUUAUUCGACAAACGCAAUCAAAAUAAACAAAGCUUGACAACCGAGGAUCAGUUUACAGGGAGCCUAUUUGAAAAAAGGAGAUGCAGAAGAAUAGGUAUGGCGAUCCAAUACCUAUUAGACCUAUUUCUGGAUUGGUCACGCCGUACAUGGGUUAUCAGCGAAUACAGCAUUGCCAAAGAACAGCGCGAAGGAAAAAUGAAAUACUGGUUUAUCCACCUUGAUAAGGACAAUGACUUUUAUGGAAAGCCUUUUUUCACAUUAGAUUUUUAUCGUACAACACCUGGGCAUAUCUAUGACAACAAUCGUUGGAACGUUGAUUCCGCUUCCUUCUAUCACCCUAUGAUCAUCAGUAAUACUGCUCAUCGCUCAUUCAUAGACAUGAUGCUGAGAUCUCGAGCCACCAAAAACGAAGAUAGGUUCCAUGCCAUACUACCUUUAUCACCAAAGUACAACAAAGUCAAAGUAUCUAAAGAUACCAUCUCCAGCUGGAACAUAUCGGGUAUGCAAUCAGUCAGAUUAAAGUUAUAUGAAAUAUUGGACGUGGAGGACAAGCUUUACUUGCUUCAAGUCUGUAAAAAACAAUCAUAUACAAUUUUACCCACUUUUGCAUCCAACUUUGAUAUGACAUUAGUCCCCUUAUAUCCCUAUACACCUUCCGACACCUUUUUCGAAUUUAAUUUUGAUAUUACCGAUCCUUCCGCCGUCUACUUCGAAAGCGAUCAUCUGAAUAACAGCAGUGGGUACAAGGGACCAUCUCUUCACUUGCGACCUAAAAAGUACUACAUACAUGAUUCGUUAUUACAGGAUAUGGAUGAGGCCAAGAGCUACAGUAAAGUAAUGAAGAAGCUUGGCUUUGAAAGCAUUGAUGAGUCUUUCGAGUUUGUUACCAUCCCAUCAUUUUGCACUGAUGAUGAAAGUGAUCUCACUAGUUUGUAUGCCUACCCGAUUCACCUUUUUGGCAGCAUGAACAAGAAUGUUUGGAUAAUAUGUUCGUUUGAACUGGACGAUAUGCAAUUGUCUCCGCGAGUCCAUGUCAACAAGGAUUACGUCUUUUGCGUUUAUUAAAUUAAUAAAAUAUACUAUAUGUUGUAUUGUAUCAUUAUAUGAAUAGGAUAAUAAAAAAAAUAUGGUGAUGAUGAUGGCAGCCUUAUAUAUCAAAAAAUCAAGUUAAAGUAGUGUAUUUUUUUUAGUUUCUAUUUUGGGCUACACGUCAAGAUCAGUGC